CAUUUCCCGGGCUUCCUCUGCUCUUUUUCAACUCUCCCCCAUCCAACGCCCAUCCUUAUCCCUUUCUUGGUUUGGAUCGUUGACCAUUUCAUAUUUCCCGGGACCAUUACGUCUAGGGUCUUCACGGGCUAUCUCUAUCGCUAGCUUGCCCCGCAGGAUGUUGCGCUCGGUUAUCUGACAUCUAACGCAUUCCCAUUUUCGCCUCCCAGCUUUAUCCCAGUCGUAUCCUCUUCGUUCGAUCCGUACACCAUGGCCUCGGUGCCAGGAUAUUCGGCGACAACGGGUCGCCCGCGAACGGCCGAAAGCCCGCGAUCGAGCACCCGCGAUGACGCAGUACCGAGAUCGGAGUCGAGUAGUGCACCACCGACAGGAUCCCUCGAGGAUCACGAGACUGUAUUCCUCAACAAACACCCUUCGAGCGAAGAUAACCUGGCCAGCGGCAAGCCCCCGGCCGCCAGCUUAACCACCGUCGACGAGCCUCGAAAAUGCUGGAUCUGUUAUACCGACGAGACGGAAGACUCGCCUCUGAACCAGGACUGGCGGUCGCCCUGCCCGUGCGCCCUGACGGCCCACGAAGCGUGUCUCCUCGACUGGCUGGCUGAUCUGGAGAACCCCCGCUCCCGCAAGCGCAACGGUCACAGUGCGAAGAUGGUGUGUCCGCAGUGCAAGUCCGAGAUCGUGGUCUCCCGGCCCCGCAGUUAUAUCGUGGACGUCGUGCGGUUGGUGGAAGGGGUCGCUAGCCGAUUAGUCCUGCCGGGGCUGCUCUUCACCGCGGCGGGCACGGUGUGGGCGGGGUGUUGCGCCCACGGGGUAUACUCGAUGUAUCUGAUCUUCGGGACGGAGGACGCCCGACACGUCCUGGAAGAGACGGCAGAGGGCACGUGGAAUUCGGGACUCAAUCUCGGCCUGCCGUUGAUCCCCAUGGCGUUGAUCUUCUCGCGCACUCGCUACGCCGAGGGCCUCCUCCCCGCCAUCCCGGUGCUGUUCUUCGCGACGCACAAUCCGGGUCAGGAGCCCGACAUGGAGCUCUGGCCGCCCUCGGCGACGAUGACCUUCGCGGCAUUGCCGUACGUGAAGAGUUUCUACGGCGCCCUCUACGACCGACUGUUCGGGCAACUGGAGCGCAAGUGGAUCGCCGAGGUCCAGCCCCGCCAGUCGGACGUCAACGAAUUCGACGACAACGCGCCGCCGGAACACCCGGAGCCCGACGCCCGCGGGGAGGUCGGCAACGGUCAGAUACUGAUGGAGAUUGACCUGGAACUACAAAUGGGCAUGGGGAACGAAGAUAACGACAACCCGCAGGAGGCGCUCGGGCUGGGCGCGGACAACGGACAGGGCGCGCAGAACCAGCUAGGCGUUGGCCAGAACAUGGGGCUUGGACGACGCGAGGAUAUGGUCUACGACACGGGCAGCCUCGCCGACAUCAUCCUGGGCGCUCUCGCAUUCCCAGCCAUCUCGGCCUCCAUGGGCGGAUUGCUCAAAUACGUCUUACCCAAGUCAUGGACGGCGGCAUCGACCCUGGAGCGCAGUCGUUCGGGUCUCUUGCAGACACGCUGGGGCCGCAGCGUUGUGGGUGGUUGUGUCUUCGUCCUGCUGAAAGAUGCACUGGUCUUGUACUGUCGAUGGAAGUUAGCGCAGACCCACCGACGACGAAAAGUGUUGAAUUACGAUCGGGCGAAGCGAGGGUCUGUCGGCGGUAAGCGGUGACUUCCUGGCAAGCAGCAUGCUCCUUGAUGAUAAUCGGUAUGAUGGUGCAUUCCCGGCGUUGUGAACCUUUCCCACGUUUAUUUCCCCCCUCUUUGUUUUAUUCUAGCUCUGUUUGUGCCCCCCUCUAUAAUGUGCUAUUGAUAGGUAGUUCCGAGCGUUCCUUUUUUCUUUGUUGUUUUAUUGGGUAAUCGCAACUCUGACUAGAAUGUCACUCUGUAAUCAACACGAUCCGG